AUGAAAUAUAUGCCUACAGGUAGAUUUAGUAGGGCAAGGACCCAUGCACAAUCCAGAGAUAAUCAUCGUCAUCAUAAUGAUAAUGGUUAUGGUGAUGAUUCUGAUAGCUACAAUGAUCGUUAUGAUGACCGUCGUUCCGAAGAUAAUAUGAGACCUCAUAGCAGGUCUCGUAGUAACUAUGGUGGUAGUAGUAGUGGAAGUAGUAGUGGUAGACGUUUUGAUGAAUCGAACGUCCAAGAGGCUUUGAAGGAUAUGAUAAAUGCUCCUGAGAAUAGAAAUAGAUGCGGUGAAUGUCAUGCUACGUUUCCAACUUGGUGUUCUACUAACCUUGGUGUAUUUUUAUGUGGUAGAUGUGCAUCAGUACAUCGAAAAUUAUUAACUAAUAGAUCAGAUGAAGUAUAUUCAAAUUUGAAAUCAUUAUCUCUUGAUAGAUGGACUCGUAAUGAUCUAGAUGAAGUAAGAAACAUGGGCGGCAAUAAAGGAAAUUUACAAUUUUGGAAUCCAAGGGAUCAACCGUUCCCAUUUGAUGGUGAUGAUGACAAGAGUCAAGUUGAAAUGUUUAUUAGAGAUAAAUAUAUCCUAGGAAAAUUUAAAGACCAACCUGUAAGACCUGAAGAUUUUGGUAAUAACAAUAAUAAUAGUCGUUCAAGUAGUAAUAACGAAUAUAAUAGACGGGACAACGAAAGAGCUUACACAGGUGGAAGAAGUGAAAAUAGUAAUACCAGUAACCGUCUUUACUCUAGAGAGAGCGUGAGUCGUGAAGAACCUGUACGUUCAACUACAGUUCAAGUUGAAAAAAAUCCAGAAUUACCAAGAAGACGUCCUACUGUUGUUGGUGGUAGGCCAGCUGUAUUUGAUGGUAGUGCAGAUUUAACCGUCGCUUCACCUGCCACUAACACUGUUCAAGCUACGGGUUCUGUACAACAGUAUUACGAUCCAGCUACGGGGAUCAUUUACGUCGACCAACAACAGUUGGCAUUACAACAGCAACAAGCACUUCUAUUACAACAGCAACAACAACAAAUGGUAUUGCAACAGCAGCAGCAACUAGCACAGCAGCAACAGCAACAGCAACAGCAACAACAGCAGAUGGUUGAUAUGCAAAAUCAAGCUCAAAAGAAUGCCAUUAUGGGUCUAUAUCAACGACCAGACCUAUACAGUUCCCCAGUUGAGAUUAGUAAUACUCAUCCACUGUACAACCAACUGACCCAGCAGCAACAGCAGCAGCAACAGCAGUUCCAACAGCAACAACAACAGCUACAGUACCCACCAGGUCAACAACCGUUCAUGUGA